AUGGAGAGUGGCACCAUUAGCCCUCAGCCUCCACAGUCAGACUCCCUAGAGGCUUUCCCUCAGAAGAGCCUGGAGCCUGGGGACAUUGCUGUUCUGGUUUUGUACUUCCUUUUUGUCCUGGCUGUUGGAUUAUGGUCCACAGUGAGGACCAAGAGAGACACAGUGAAAGGCUACUUCCUGGCUGGAGGCAACAUGGUGUGGUGGCCAGUGGGUGCAUCAUUGUUUGCCAGCAAUGUUGGAAGCGGACACUUCAUUGGCCUAGCAGGGUCCGGUGCUGCUGUGGGCAUUUCUGUUGCAUCCUAUGAGCUUAACGGCUUGUUUUCUGUGCUGAUGCUAGCCUGGAUCUUUCUUCCCAUCUACAUUGCUGGCCAGGUAACCACGAUGCCAGAAUACCUAAGGAGACGCUUCGGAGGCAGGAGGAUCUCCAUCACCCUGGCUGUGCUCUAUCUGUUCAUCUAUAUCUUCACCAAGAUCUCGGUAGACAUGUAUGCAGGUGCCAUCUUCAUUCAGCAGUCCCUGCACCUGGAUCUGUACCUGGCCAUAGUGGGGCUGCUGGCCAUCACAGCUCUGUACACUGUUGCAGGUGGUCUGGCUGCUGUUAUCUACACAGAUGCUCUGCAGACUGCCAUCAUGCUCGUAGGGGCAUUCGUCCUGAUGGGCUACAGUUUUGCAGCUGUUGGUGGGAUGGAAGGCCUGAAGGACCAAUACUUCUCAGCCCUGGCUAGUAACCGGAGUGAGAACAGCAGCUGUGGCCUGCCCCGAGAAGAUGCCUUCCACAUCUUCCGAGACCCAGUGACCUCUGACCUCCCUUGGCCUGGGAUCCUGUUUGGAAUGUCCAUCCCAUCUCUCUGGUACUGGUGCACAGAUCAGGUGAUUGUUCAGCGGAGUCUGGCAGCCAAGAACCUGUCUCAUGCCAAAGGAGGUUCCCUGAUGGCUGCAUACCUGAAAGUGCUUCCUCUUUUCCUAAUGGUCUUCCCUGGUAUGGUCAGCAGAGUCCUCUUUCCAGAUCAAGUGGCCUGUGCUCAUCCCGACAUCUGCCAACAGGUCUGUAGCAAUCCCUCUGGCUGUUCAGACAUCGCAUAUCCCAAACUUGUGCUGGAACUUUUGCCCACAGGACUCCGUGGGCUCAUGAUGGCUGUGAUGGUGGCCGCUCUCAUGUCCUCCCUCACCUCCAUCUUUAAUAGUGCCAGCACCAUCUUCACCAUGGACUUGUGGACCCACAUCCGGCCACGGGCAUCUGAAAGGGAGCUCAUGAUUGUGGGCAGGGUGUUCGUAUUUGUGCUGGUGCUCGUCUCCAUCCUCUGGAUCCCCGUGGUGCAGGCCAGCCAGGGAGGCCAACUUUUCAUCUACAUCCAGUCCAUCAGCUCUUACCUGCAGCCACCCGUGGCUAUAGUCUUCAUUAUGGGAUGUUUCUGGAAGCGUACCAAUGAAAAGGGUGCCUUCUCAGGUCUGAUCUUGGGCCUGCUGCUAGGAUUAGUCAGGCUGGUCCUGGACUUUAUCUACGUGCAACCUCGGUGUGACCAGCCCGAUGAUCGGCCAGCUGUGGUGAAGGAUGUCCACUAUCUCUACUUCUCCAUGAUUCUGUCUUCUACCACCCUCAUCACUGUGUUCACCGUGAGCUGGUUCACAGAGGCACCCUCCACAGAGAUGGUCAGCCGCCUGACUUGGUUUACUCGUCACGAUCCAGUGCCACUGGCAAGCCCCCUGCCUUCAACCCUCCCUCAGAAUGGGACUACAGAGGCCACCAGCACCAGCAUCCAGUUGGAGAUAGUUCAAGAAAAUAAGAACAAAGCCCAUAGCCAUGAAAUCUCCCCCAAACAGUCCAAGGUGCUGAAGGCUGUCCUGUGGCUCUGUGGGAUGGAGAAGGACAAAGAGGAGCCUCCAAGCAAAGCAGAACCCAUCAUAGUGUCCUUGAAGGAAAAUCCCUUGGUGAAAACCCUGCUAGACGUCAACUGUAUUGUGUGCAUCACCUGUAGCAUCUUCCUCUGGGGCUACUUUGCUUAA